AUGAGAAACGAGCCACGUACUGAAAGAACUACUAGUGUCGCUAGCGACGGCAGUUUUCCAAGCAUUGCAAGUAGCACCAGUACUGCUAGUACUGCUGGUAAAGCUUCGUUGGAAAAAAGUCCUGAAAAGUCUUGCGAUACCGAUCUCAAAGUCAGCGACCGUUUCGAUGAUAGUUCUGCCUAUGUAUUCAUCAAUAUUUCAUCAACUGGUUCCGAGCAGAUGCCGCAUACUAAUAAGGAUUCCAGUGAAAUUAUCGAGAUUGCAUGGUCGAUUGUCGAUUGCGAGCACUUAGAAACUAUUUCAUCAGAUAGUCGUCUCGUUAAGCCUAUCAAUACUCCUAUCACUCCUCUUUGUUCCUCGUUGACAGGUCUCACUUGGAAUAGUGUGAAGGAUGCUGGUUCCUUAAAUGAAGCCAUUAUAGCUCUCGACAAAAGUAUUCAGAAGCAUCUUAUCUCCAACAAGAGGUCCUUCAAUUUCAUUACAUUUGAUAGUUGGGACCUAAGAAUGAGGGUGCCUAAGGAGAGCCGAGAAAAAUCUAUAGAGCUUCCUCAAUACCUCAAGUACCCAAAGUAUUUUGACUUAAGAAGAGAGUUCGUUCGUUACGAGGAAGCUUCCAAAGGUGAACUAUAUGCUUCUGGGAGUAUUAGUGAGAUUAGCCUUGGCCAGGUGAUGGAUGUGCUGAAGCUUUCACCCGUUGACGCUCCCUCUCCUAUCAGUAAUAUUGGUGAUCUGGACACUUUUACUUCUGCUUCCUCGGCCACUAUUCAAUCUCUCCUUUUGAUAUUUAGUGCUCUCGUCGAUGCAUCAACACUCUCUAAGCCUCAUGAUAUGGGAUUGGACCUUUCGCAGUUUUUCUCCGAGAGAUCAAAGGUCCUUUAUAUCACCAAUCUUCCACUGGAUGUUACUCAGGGAGAGCUGGAGUCGUGGUUUACGCAGUUCGGCUGCAGGCCAAUUGCAUUCUGGACAAUCAAGUCUCCACUACCUGAGUUUGGCACAAAUUCUAACUUUAAUAACAGCAAUGCUAUCAUUAUGAGAUCAACAUGCUCUGGCUUUGUUAUCUUUGCAUCGCAUGAGUCUGCCUCUGAUUCAUUAGCAAUGAACGGCCGUAUCCUCAAUGACAGAAUUGUUGAGGUGCAACCUUCUUCUCUGAAGGUUUUGGAUAAGGCACAAGACAUCCUUACUCCCUUCCCAUCCUCCAAAAAUAGACCAAGACCGGGAGACUGGACUUGUCCAUCCUGUGGAUUCUCUAACUUUCAAAGAAGAACUGCAUGUUUUCGCUGUUCUUUUCCUGUGGCUUCUGCUCAAACUGUUCAGGACUCUAUUUAUGCCAAUGCCAAUGCCAAUCCAUCCAAUGGAAAUGUGAACGGAGGCGGAAGUCCUGGAGACUUGGUCAAUUCUGGCAUCGGGGAUUCUUUCUUUAAUCAUCAUCGCCCUCAUCCAAAUGGUCACCAUACUCAGCAUCAAAAUGGCAACCAUUCCUACAAUACCACAAACAGCGGUAAUAACAGCAAUAACUACAACAAUUACAAUAAUAACUACAAUAACAGCAAUAAUAAUGUUGGCAACAGGCAGAAUCUGGGUUCUUCCAACGUUCCAUUCCGUGCUGGUGACUGGAAAUGCAUGAAUGAAAACUGUGCAUAUCAUAAUUUUGCUAAAAAUGUGUGCUGUUUGAAGUGUGGGGCCCCAAGAGUUCAGUCAGCUAUUUUGACUGGCCAUCAACACAAUUCCCGUCACAACAAUGGUAAUAACAAUGUCAAGCUCAACAGCUUUCAGGGCACUAACGGAUAUUCGAAACGACCUUUCGCUCAGUCCAAUUUCACCCAAUUUGUGUCACAGCUGCAGCCAUUCUCUCAGCAAAAUACUUCAUCUCUUGCCGACACAAAUUUUGAUACUUUGUCUGCUCAGAUAAAUGGUUUAAAUUUGGGUCAGCCUCAAUCUCAAUCUCAGUCUCAAGUUCAGUCUCAGUCCGAACCUCACCCUCAGCCUGAGCCCCUACCCCAGAAUUCGACCGGUUCAAUAAAUCCUGCAGGCACCAGUAUUUAUAACAACCGCGCUGACCUCGCUGGACCUACGAUGGGUCUGAACAUGGACAAUGAGUAUUAA